GGAAGCGGCGGGCUGCCUGAGCUGGGGGAACUUGGGCGGGAUGGCACUUUCCUGUUCUCGAGCCCGCCCCCGCCGGAGGGGCUCGGCUCCGGGAUCCAAGAUGGAGUCGUUGAGUCGAGCAGGGCAAGAGAUGAGCCUGGCGGCCUUGAAGCGACACGACCCCUAUAUCACCAGCAUCGCAGACCUUACGGGCCAGGUCGCGCUCUACACUUUCUGCCCUAAAGCCAACCAGUGGGAGAAGACUGAUAUAGAAGGGACCCUAUUUGUGUAUCGAAGGUCCGCUUCACCUUACCAUGGUUUCACCAUUGUCAACCGACUGAACAUGCACAACCUGGUCGAACCAGUGAAUAAAGAUUUGGAAUUUCAGCUCCACGAACCAUUUCUUCUGUAUAGAAAUGCAAGCUUGUCGAUAUACAGUAUCUGGUUUUAUGACAAGAAUGACUGUCACCGCAUAGCAAAACUCAUGACUGAUGUGGUCAAAGAGGAGACACGGCGAUCCCAGCAGGCUGCUCAAGAGAAACAGAGUCCCAGCCAGGCCAAUGGCUGCAACGACCAGAGGCCCAUUGACAUCCUGGAGAUGCUUAGCAGAGCCAAGGAUGAAUAUGAGAGGAAUCAGAUGGGCGGCUCAAAUAUCUCCAGCCCUGGGUUACAGCCAAGCACUCAGCUCUCCAAUCUGGGAAGCACCGAGACACUAGAAGAGACACCCUCUGGGUUACAAGAUAAGUCUGCUCCAUCGGGUCACAAACAUCUGACAGUAGAAGAGUUAUUUGGAACCUCUUUGCCAAAGGAGCAACCAGCAGUUGUGGGUCUCGAGCCGGAAGAUGUGGAGAAGCCGCCCGGAGACGGAUCGUUCCUCCCCUUUCCCUUGGAGCAGUCAGCGGGCCUGCCGCAGUCUGAAAACCUGGGUGUGCAUUCUGUUGCUCCCCACACAGUCCAGCCUGAAGUCACCGCCCCAGUGCUCAUCACUCCCGCCUCCAUUGCCCAGUCGGGGGAAAAGCAUGCCCCAAGCUACACAGUCCCGCUGAGCCCUGUCCUCAGUCCCGCUCUGCCAGCCGAAGCUCCCAGCACACAGGUUCCUCACUUACCUCGGAAUAGCACCAUGAUGCAAGCCGUGAAGACCACACCCAGACAGAAGUCUCCACUCCUGAGCCAGCCAGUUCCUGAGCUAAGCCCCUUCAGAGCCCCAGUGAGUCUGUCAAGCCCCGCUGGCACAUCCCUCCCCAGCGUUGAUCUGCUCCAGAAACUCAGGUUGACCCCACAGCAUGACCAAAUACAGGCCCCGCCGCCGCCGCCGCUUGGAAAAGGUGCAGCGGCACCUGGCUUUUCCUCAGCUGCUGGCCGGCUGGCCACCCCUGAGAGCUUCAUAGAGCCUCCCUCUAAGACGGCAGCAGCCAGAGCAGCGCCCUCAGCCUCCCUGAGCAACAUGGUGCUUGCUCCAACCCUUCAGUCUAUGCAGCAAAACCAGGAUCCUGAAGUAUUUGCCCAGCCUAAGGUGUUACCCAGUGCCGUGCCGAUUGCAGGCCCUGCGUUGGUCACUGCAGCAACCACAGCAGUGUCUUCUAUCCUGCUGUCCCCCAGUGUGUUCCAGCAGACAGUCCCCAGGUCCACAGACCUGGAGAGGAAAGCAAGCUCUCCCUCUCCCCUCACUGUUGGAACGCCAGAAACUCAGAGAAAGCCUUCCAUUAUUCUCAGCAAGUCUCAGCUCCAGGACACACUGAUACAUCUAAUAAAGAAUGACUCUAGCUUCCUCAGUACACUUCAUGAGGUCUACCUGCAGGUGUUGACCAAGAAGAAGGACAGCCACAACCUAUGACUGGAGUACAGUCAAUGUGAGGUCAAGGGUGCACCUCAGAAACCAGCAGGCUUCCUCAUGGAACAUCUCAGUAGAACAUGGAGCUUUGAGAAGCCUGAGUUUGAGCCUUUGAGAGAGCCUUGUUCCUUAAGGCUGUUUUCUAGAGACAUUCUCAGUGAUGAUGGAGGUUUCACUGUGAAGCAUCACCAGCAGACCUUUGUUUGACAAAGACAGCAGAAAAGACCAUUGUGUUGAGUUCCGUGGGGUGUGGAAGGAGGAGCCUGAUUGUCAGCUUACUUUCCAGGCCUCGGGCGGGGCCCCCAGCCUUGUAGCAGAGCCCAGGGGAGCCCAGGCCUUCCUCCACUGCCGGCCUAAAGCGCUAAACUGAAUGUCAGUUCCACAAAGUAGCUUCGAGUUCUAAGGAUCAGAAUUAAGUUGGUUCUUUAGAAGUUAUUUGUUCAAGUGAAGUAUGUUUUCUAUGAGCACCCCGCUUGGGCCUUAAACUUGUGGGAUUUCUUUGUGUUUCGUUAAGUGUCCCGGUCCUGCCGUGUGCAGACUCAGUGAAGCUCGGCCGUUUGGAUAGGCCGGCCUGGGCUCUGGUGGAGGAGGCUGGGAACCUGGGAAGCAGAGGCUGGGGCUGCCCAGAUCCACAUCCUCCCGGAGGCUUCGCUCUUAAUAAACUCCCCAGUGCUUUGGAAGUGUCAA